CACCCAUCCUCUCAAACAUCUCAUCAGUUUUUGGAGGUACAAAGCAACAGAAAGAGGAAAACAUGGGGAAAGAGGAAUGUAAGACCAUGUUAGAUGCGCUGAACAGGGUGACUGCCUGUUACAGGCAUCUAGUCAUCACCCUGGGCAGCACCUCAGACUCGCAGAACUUGCGCGAAGAGCUGAGAAAGACCCGUAAGAAAGCCCAGGAACUGGCGGCAGCCAACCGGACCAAGCUGACGGCUCUGCUCAAGGACAAGAGCAUCAGCAAGGAGGACCGUUCUGAGUACGAGCGCCUAUGGGUGCUCUUCACCAGCAGCAUGGAGCUCCUGGAUGUGGAUAUGAAGAGGUCCCUAGAAAUAGGGCAGGAUUUCCCAUUGCAGGUGCCGACCCGCCACCUCAUCCAGACCGGCAUGAGCGGGAGCACCACAACUGUUGCCGCCCGGGCCAUGAGUGUGCAGAACAUGAAGUACGAGGCUGACAGCAACAUCGACACGGCCGACCUGAAGGAGCUGGAGGCUGAAAUAGCCCAAGUUGUUCAGAUGAUGGAAGAAAUGGAGAUGAAGGUCCAGGUGGCGCCGUGGGCUGUGGAGGCCAAGCAGGAGGCAGGAGCUGAGCUCAAGUCCACAGUCAGCGUGGGCAAUUCUUCUGUCGGUGUGAUUUCAAUCUGUGAAGAAGAGCCUAAGGAAAUGGACAGUGAAGCUGGCCUCAAGAAGGUCUUUGCAGGGAUCAUUUUCACAGCCAUCAUUCUCAUGGCAGGAAUUCUAGCCUUUUGUGUCAUUAAACUUUCCUGAGCUUAGUUUGCCACCCAAUUGCAUCCCAGUCCAUUCAGCUGCGUUGUAACUGACAGUGUGCAGUGCAGGAUUCAUAGAUCAUGAGCUGCAUGCACUGGAACCACACUCACUCCAGUGCUCUUUCCUACAGACUGAGGGCAUUUACUUACUGUGUGUUCAUGCCAUGGUGUUUGCUCCUCAAAGGAGCAUAAAGGGCUUUCAGUUAUUCUAGGUAAGAAGAAUUAAAUACACUCUAGCAUGUAGCCUAUAGCUGUUUCCCAAAUGCUGUUGUUUCUUUUGCAAACAUGUAAUGCGGGGAAUGAUCAGAUUAGUGUCUGCAUUUUCUUUAAACACCCAGAUUAUCAUUCUUUAUUUAGCUGAUGCCUUUGUCCAAGGUGACUUGAAGUGUUAAACUUACACUGAUCUACCCAAUUAUAUAGGGGGGUAAUUUUUACUGUAUCGGUUCAGGGUAAGUACCUUAAUCGAGGGUACUACAGCAGAAGGGGGUUCAACCCUGGGACAGUCAGAU